AUGUGGAGUGGUCCUUCUACUGUCCUCUCAUGUGUCCUGCUGCUCCUGUGGAGCCAGACCCGGACCCAGGCCUGCCAGGGGGACGAGCUGCCUCGUGAGGUGGUGCUGGACUGGUUGAAACAGCGCCUCCUGGAUGGGUUAGGGAUGGAGCAGCCCCCUGAGCCCAGCCUCCAGGCCCAUGACGGGGGCAGAGAGAGAACAGAGGUGGUGCGAGGUCACCGGAGAUCCACCAGGGUAGGGAGGGCAGCCUGGGCCCAGGACCACAGGAGGCAUCACCAGGAGAGCCAAGAGCAAGUCAUCCUCUUCCCCAGCUCUGGUGAGUAAGAGGGUCUAUCAUUCUUUCUCCUUUUCUCACGCUCUGACGCCAUGUUCCUUUUCCCUUCUCUUUAGUCAAUCUCACUAGCUCACUCCAAAAGUGAAGUUUGUCAGAUGUUUUUCCAGACCUCAACAAAUGACAAGUGUAGGUUCUUUGUUUCACCCAUUUCCCCAUCUAUUGACCUGACCUUUUUUCCACUGUCUGCUUUGUUUUUCCCAGACUCUACCUGUCAUAGCUCAGACUCUCCAUCAGAGGAGAGAGCCACCAGACACUUCACCUACUACUUCCAAUCCUCCCUAAACAACCAAGAGUCCGCCAUCACCUCGGCCAAUUUCUGGUUCUACGCCGGCGAGGGGGCCAGCAGGAACACCACCCCGCUCUACAUCCUCACGUCAGACCAACAGCUCCUCCAGGUGGCAGAGUCUCCGGCCAAGACCACCGCUGAUGGCUGGACCACCUACCGCCUCGAGCGCCACCUCCUCACCGCCCUGACCCAAGGCCCCUUCGCGCUCCAGGUGCGCUGCCCCGCCUGCGAAUGCCACGCGAACGAAGCCGACAAAAUGCCAUUCCUCCACCUGCAUGCCCGACUUCACGGCCCAGACCGCUCCCCACGGCGAGCAGCCGCCACCAUCCCCUGGUCCCCGUCGGCCAUCGACCUCCUGAUGCGGCCAUCGCAGGAGAAGCCUGAGUACAGCGACUGUCAGCGGGAGGAGAUCAACAUCUCGUUCCAGGAGCUGGGCUGGGACAACUGGAUCGUUCACCCAAAGUUUCUCAACUUCUACUACUGUCAUGGGAACCUGUUCGGCUUUGGACCGCACCACUGCUAUGCUGGGGAUCAAACAGUGCUGCGCUCCGGUCCCCGGGACCAUGAAGUCACUACGGUUCACCACUACGUCUGA